GGGAGGGGGUUGGCUGGGAGGGGCCAGGGCAGCUCCAGCCCUCAGUGGCCCCUCCCCUCCCAUGGGGCCCUCAGUCCCUUCCCCAGGGCUGCUCUUCCUAUGGCCUCUGACCCCCACCCCAACUCCUCCUCCUUUCCCUGCUUUGCCUGGCGCACCCCGUGCCUAGUGAGUCCCUUUUCCAAACCUCCUGGGAGAAGGGACGUGGGAGGAAGGGAAGAAACUUCCAGGGAGCUGGAGGGAGGGGGGGUAGGAAGACAGAAAUAAAGACACCAGACAGAGGAAGACUCUCUCACACACACACACACACAUAGAAAGAGAGGCCAACAGAGAGAGACAGAAAGAAACAGAGAAAAAGAGAAAUAGAGAGAGACAAUUCAGAUAGAAAUAAAGAGAGACAGAGGUAGAGAGUGGGAAACAGACUAGCUCAAAGAGUCAGAAAUACAAAAAGGGGGAGAGAAAGACAGGGAAAGAGAAAUAAACAGAAAAUUAGACACCCAGGAGACAGACCGAAGAGAGACCGAGAAAGAGGAGAGAGAAGCCAGGGCACAGCGUGCCAGCUGGUGGCAUGGAGGGGUGCCCGGCGUGGGAGAUGUAGUGGCCACGCCCGGGCCAGGUUGGGUAGGCAGAGGGAAGCCGGUGCCUCGGCGGGGGUCAGGGGGCAUGGGAGGGGCAGGAAUUCUGCUGCUGCUGCUGCUGCUGCUGCUGGCUGGGGCGGGGGUGGGCGAGGCCUGGAGACCCCCAAAGGGAAAGUGUCCUCUGAGAUGCUCCUGCUCCAAAGACAGUGCCCUGUGUGAGGGCUCCCCGGACCUGCCAGAGAGCUUCUCCCCGAGCCUGCUGUCGCUCUCACUUGUUAGGACUGGAGUUACCCAGCUGAAGGCCGGAAGCUUCCUGAGGGUGCCGUCGCUGCACCUGCUUCUUUUCACAUCCAACUCCUUCUCCGUGAUUGAGGACGAUGCGUUUGCAGGCCUGUCCCACCUGCAGUACCUCUUUAUCGAGGACAAUGAGAUUGGCUCCAUCUCCAAGAACGCUCUCCGAGGACUUCGCUCACUCACACAUCUGAGCCUGGCCAAUAACCAGCUUGAGACCCUCCCCAGAUUCCUGUUCCGAGGCCUGGAGACCCUGACUCAUGUGGACCUCCGUGGGAACCCGUUCCAGUGUGACUGCCGCGUCCUCUGGCUGCUGCAGUGGAUACCCACCGUGAACGCCAGCGUGGGGACCGGGGCCUGUGCCGGCCCCACCGCCCUGGCCCACAUGCAGCUCCGCCACCUCGACCCCAAGACGUUCAAGUGCAGAGCCAUAGAGCUGUCCUGGUUCCAGACGGUCGGAGAGUUGGCGCUGGGCGCAGAGGCUUUCUCCUACCAGGGGGAACCCCACAUCAUCCUGGCACAGCCCUUUGCUGGCCGCUGCCUGAUCCUCACCUGGGACUACAGCCUGCAGCGCUUCCGGCCGGAGGAAGAGCUGUCUGCGCCCUCGGUGGUGUCCUGCAAGCCGCUGGUGCUGGGCCCGCGCCUCUUCGUGCUGGCCGCCCGCCUGUGGGGAGGCUCGCAGCUGUGGGCCCGGCCCGGCCCCGACCUGCGCCUGGCCCCGAUGCAGGCCCUGGCCCCGCGGCGGCUGCUGCGGCCCAAUGAUGCCGAGCUCCUGUGGCUGGAAGGGCAGCCCUGCUUCGUGGUGGCCGAUGCCUCCAAGGCGGGCAGCACCACGCUGCUGUGCCGCGACGGGCCCGGCUUCUACCCGCGCCAGAGCCUGCACGCCUGGCACCGGGACACGGACGUCGAGCCCCUGGAGCUGGACGGCCGGCCCCAUCUGCUGCUGGCCUCGGCCUCGCAGAGGCCCGUGCUCUUCCACUGGUUUGGGGGCCGCUUUGAGAGGCGCACGGACAUCCCUGAGGCGGAGGACGUCUAUGCCACACACCAUUUCCAGGCCGGUGGGGAUGUGUUCCUGUGCCUGACACGCUACAUCGGGGACUCCAUGGUUAUGCGCUGGGAUGGCUCCAUGUUCCGCCUGCUGCAGCAACUUCCCUCUCGCGGUGCCCACGUCUUUCAGCCACUGCUCAUCGCCAAGGACCAGCUGGCCAUCCUGGGCAGCGACUUUGCCUUCAGCCAGGUCUUUCGCCUUGACCCUGACAAGGGGCUCCUGGAGCCACUGCAGGAGCUAGGGCCCCCAGCCUUGGUGGCCCCCCGUGCCUUUGCCCACAUCACCACGGCUGGCAGACGCUUCCUCUUCGCCGCUUGCUUCAAGGGCCCCACACAGAUCUACCAGCAUCACGAGUUAGACCUCAGUGCCUGAGACCGGAUGGGACCCUGGACAUGGACGGCAGGGGGCUGGCAUGGGGAGUCCUAGGCCCCUGGAUGCCCCCGUGACUGGCCUCCUGACCCUACUUGGAGGUGACAGCUGGUCCUGUGAGAUACUGACCACAGGCCAAGUUCAAGGCAAGAGCUGCCUUUUCAGUCUCAAGCAACAUCUUAGCUGGGGGCAAUUGCUCUCCCCAAGGGUGACUUGGGGGCUCAGGCUGGGGCACCACCGCACAGAGCCAGCCUACAGAAAUCACGUGGGGGUAAUGUGCAGAGCUCCAUGAGGUCUGGAAGCGGCCCCCUCCCAAUCCACCCACGUCUCCUGCUCCCUGUGAGUAUUAAGGAGGAGAUAGCUUUCCUUUCCUUUCUGAACUCAAUCCGGCCAAUCGCUAUAAGUGCCCGCCUCCGUGACGUCAUCAGUUUCCGGGCAGGUUUUCCUGGCUGGCGUGCUAACUUCCUCUGCUGCUUGUGCGCAUGCCUGCUCCCGAGGCGGAAGUCCCGCGCGAAGACCCUCAGGCGCGUGCGCGGGAAUGGAUGGGAAAGUGAGAGUUGUUGCGGGGAGGCCGGAAGUCCCACGCCGGGUCGGUGACAGGGGCGAGGACAGAAAGUGUAUGAGCUCAAUAAACGCGCUGUGCACCCGC